AGGCGGACCAGGUGAAUGUGCCACAAAUACUUCUACUAAGAUGUCCGCAAUAACAUCAGACUCGUCAACUUUAGGAGUUGCUGUAGGAAUACCUGUAGCUCUUAUUGUAGUGGUUGUCAUCGUUGUAGUCAUUGUGUCCAUCUGGAGGCGAAGAUACAUUGGCAAAAACUCGGAUAAACAAAUCUCAAAUUCUAUGAAAAAAAAUGCAGAUGAUAACUAUAUGGGUCAACAAGGUAUAUCACUCCCUCAGUAUCCAUCAAAUAACACUAAAUCGCAUAAUCAGGCUACUAACAGCACACACGCACAAGGUAUUGAAGGCGGACAAGAAUAUAGUCAACCAUCUAAGGACGCACAAUCACUAUAUGCAAUGUCUGAGGAAGGAGUAUAUGAUAAAGCAAAUGAAAAGAGACAUGUUGUAAAUGACACAGCCGUGUACAGCCAUGCAGUCGAUACCAUGUAUGAUUCCACCGAUCGACAUAACAGACAAGAAAGGAAAGAAGGGACCUAUGACCACGUUUUUGGUCAGAAAAGUGAAGACCAAUACGAUAUGACUUCAAGAACAUAACUGAAUAAGUCAAAGUUACAAGGAAAUCACGAAAAUUCUUAUUAAACUGAGGACAUUUUUCUUAUAGACAAAAUUUAUCAUGAGAAUUCAAUUAUAUUGAUACUCACAGAACACUGUUUUCCUUUUUUCAUUUCUGUCGAUAGCCAUUCGCAAGUAACAUAAAUAAAUAGU